CCCCCCGCGCCAAUCCGGCUGGAUCCUGUUGCGGCGCCGCUGGCGCUGCUGGGAUGGGGAGGGGGGAGAGGCUUCCCUGCGCAGCCUGGCUUUGGCUCGCAGGCAGCCGCAGCAGCGCUCGCAGCAGCCGCGCACAGGGAGCCGCAGCCGCGGGGGUCGCGGCCGGGAGCCUCGAGAUGCCGAAGAGGAAGGUGACGGUGGCGGACGGGGACGCCCCCGAGGAGCCCAAGCGGCGAUCGGCGCGGCUCUCCGCGAAACCCGCGCCUGCCAAAGCAGAGCCGAAACCUAAAAAGUUACCGGCAAAGGAUAAAUCUGAGGACAAGAARACUCAGUCAAAGGGGAAGAAAGGGCCCAAAGGAAAACAGACAGAAGAGACCAACCAAGAACAGACAAAGGACAACCUGCCUGCAGAAAAUGGGGAAGCUAAAACUGAGGAGACCCCAGCACCUGAUGCAGCUGCAGAGAAAGAAGUGAAGUCUGAGUGACACCUGGUCCCCCAUCUGUAACUGGUGGUCCUUAAACCUUUCUUCUUGUACAAUUCAGAGGAAUAUUUUUAUCRACUAUUUUGUAAAUGCAAGUUUUUUAGUAGUUCUAGAAAACACAUUUUUAAAAAGGAGAGAAUCCCARCUCAACCCAUUUUUUUACAUAUUUAGAUAAGUGUAAAUGCUUUUUUWAAAGUGGUAAAAUCAUGUACUGGUUGUCUGUUUUCUAUGAAACCAGAAAUUAGUGGUGUGUUAAUUUUAAGGAGAGGUUUUGAGGCUUUGAUUAGGCCUCAUGUUCCACAGUCUCUGAGGGACAGUUUUCUAUGCCGUAACAGGAAGCAUAACACAGAUCAGACUUUGGAAUUUGUAAUGAUGUGUUGAGAAUGUCUUAACAUUUUAGUUAUUUAU